GAGAGAGAGAGAGAGAGAGAGAGAGAGAGAGGGAGAGAAAGAGAGAGAGAGAGAGGCGAAGGGUUUGCUUUUGGUUCUUUACAGAGAGAGAGGGCGCGUGGGGUUGUUUGGUUUUGGUUGUUUGCCGUGGGUUGCUUUUCUCGAUUAGAUUGUGAAGGUUGAAUUUUUAUUGCAAGAAUGAUGAAGCAGCACCUCCAUGGAACAACCAAUGUUGGUUUUGUGUUUGGAGAAGGCAUUAUGCUGGGGAACGGUGCAAUAAUCACAACUUCCUACACGGAUGAAGGUGGCACUGAAUAUAAUGAAUUACUAUCAGAUCAGGAAGUCACAAUAUUUCAAUUAUGUUCCAAACCCAAAAUAUAUUGUACUUUGAUGGGGGAUGUCAAAGAAUGGCAUGAAAUGUACAGACAUUUGCUUGAACUAGAACCGAAAUCAGUGAGAGCAUCAUUUGACUGCGCAAAAAAGUAUUUAAAUGACUUCCUAAAAAAGAAUCGAAGGAGUGGGAAUAGUUUUGGCACAAUUAUUGCCGGAUACCACAAAGAAGAGGGCUUUCAAAUUCUAGGUGUUUCGCUAGACAAGAAAAAAGUACGUGAAUACACUGAUCGAGAGUUUUCAAUAGGAUCUGGUGGUUUCUUUGCUGACCUAGUUCUUCUCAAAACUAAUGCUGACGGUUAUGCUAACAUGACCAAAGAAGUUGCUGUUAAUGUGGCCUUUGAAGCUCUAUUGCAAGGAAGUUUGAAAGAUUAUUGCUCCGGUGGAAUUCUGAGGGUGACAUACGUGCAUAAAGAUGGUUGCAUUUUUAUUACGUAUCGGGUUCUAGAUGUCUACAAAACACUAUACAAAACAUUGUAUGACUCAGCGGACAAGGAAGAACAAGCUACUUUGUUCUUGCUAUAUUCUACAAGUUUUGGUCCCAUUUUUGGAGGAGAUAAUAUACAAGCACUCAUAAGCGACAUCUGGUCAGGAGGACUAAAGAGUAUUAUCCAUUCUAAUAUCAUAGCAAAAAAGGCUUGCUUUUAUGUUCAUCGUAUAGUGCUCAAAGAUGAAAAGGAGGCUAUAAAAGCAUACGAUGACAUAAGCACUAAAAAUGCUAGGCCCAUUUAUCCUCAGGCUUUAGCUCAUAUUCGAAGCUACUUAAUUGAUUGUGUAAGAGAAAAAACUAGAGAGCAUGUUUACAUUGGAAGGAGCUCCAAGGAGUUGUUAGAAGGCAUAUGCAUGUUGAAGGAUGCAGAUACUUUAAAGUAUCAAUGAUCAGAGUGAACUUAGAAUUUCAAGGCUCAAGUGCAAUGGGAAUGAAACUGCUCAUAGCCUCUGCCAAAUAUUUUGUUUUGUUCUGAAUUCAGUUGUGUAUUAGGGGAAUGAGGAGGUGAACAUGCGUUGGCAAGUGAAUGAUCGCAGAACCAUUGAUGUAUGGAAAGAUAGGUGGAUCCGUAACUCCUUGGAUGGGCUCAUUCAUCCCACUAAUACUAGAAACUGCUUUACUCUUGCGGUUUCGGAGAUUAUUGAUUGUGACACAAGAAACUGGAACAUCAGCCACAUUGAACCUUUCCCUAAUGAUUCUGAUGCUAAAGCUAUCAAGGCUAUGCCAAUUGGAGACCCAAAUGAAGAUGACAGACUGAUUUGGCCGUUCAAAAUGGAUGGUGACUUCUCUGUUCGGUCAUGCUAUCGUUGCAUUCCACAGCAAUGCAUAAUGUCUGUUCCUAUGAAAGCUUCUACUUCCCACAUUAGACCCCCAAAGAUUUGGCCUUGGAUCUGGCACUAUAAAUUCUCUCCCAAAGUGUCCGAUUUUCUUUGGAGGGCCAUUACCAACUUUGUUCCUUCUUUAUACAAUAUUCGAAAGGAAAGUGAGAAAAUCUCCUAUGUGCUCAAUCUGUGGGGAGUAUGAGGAAUCUAUUAAACAUUGUCUUCUUCUUUGUCCAUAGACUGAGUUGGUGUGGUUUGGUAGCAGAUUGGGCGUGAAGAUUGCUAAGGAUGAGAUUACCACUCGGGAUACUUGGUUCGUAUACACUGUCAGAAAGCUUUCAGCUCAUAUUGGGAGGAUUGAUCGGACCCUUCACUUACUUGGGGUUCUUAUUAUGGGUGUUUUUACAGCCAAGUCUUCAAGGCCAGAGAAAUCAGAAGUGGUGAAAUUGUUGCUUUGAAAAGGAUACGUAUGGAUAAUGAAAAAGAAGGGUUUCCUAUUACAGCAAUUCGGAAAAUUAAAGCUUCUGAAGAAGCUUCAUCAUGAAAAUAUUAUUAAGCUGAAAGAGAUUGUAACUUCUGCAGGUCCUGAAAAGAAUGAUCAAGAGAAUCAAGAUAGUAAAAAGCUUGAGGGUGGCAUCUAUAUGGUUUCUGAGUAUAUGGAUCAUGAUUUGACAGGCCUUGCUGAUCGUCCUGGAGUUAGAUAUUCAAUUCCGUAGAUAAAGUGUUAUAUGAAGCAGUUGUUAACUGGGCUCCAUUACUGUCAUGUUAAUCAAGUACUUCAUCGUGACAUGAAAGGUUCUAAUCUUUUGUAAGAUAAUGAGGGAAAAUUGAAGCUAGCAGAAUUUGGGCUCGCAAAAUCCUUUGCUACCAACCAUGAUGGGCAGCUUACAAAUCGUGUUAUUACAUUGUGGCAUAGGCCCUCAGAGUUGCUGCUUGGAGCUACAAAGUGUGGACGAGCUGUCGACAUGUGGUCUGUUGGUUGCAUCUUUGCUGAACUUCUGAAUGGUUCGCCAAUUUUGCAAGGAAGAACUGAACUUACUGAACCUGACCAACUGAACAAGAUAUUUGAGCUUUGUGGAUCGCCUGAUGAGAACAACUGGCCUGGUGUUUCAAAAUAUUAUUUUUAUAACAAUUUCAAGCCACCAAGGCCCCUGAAGCGACGAGUCAGGGAAUGUUUCAGACGGUAAAUAAAAAAUUGUUGAGCCCCUGGAGGGAGAAAAACUUGGAUGCGACGGUUCUGUGUCCAUGUCUUCCAACACUACCUGCUAACUCUUUGGCAGCUCAUCUGGAGGAAGUUGAUGAAGAAAAAGUAGUGGUGAUGGAAAAGAAGAUUAGCUCCGAGAGCUCAUCAUCAACUGGUUCUGAUGGAUCCAACAAGAGAGUCUUCCCUGUCCUUGACCCCGAAAUUGUUCUAGUAGACAAAAGCCAACAUGAUCAUGCGGAGGUUAUGAAGGAACAUGAUGAUUCUACAUCAUCCGACAUUGAAAAAAAAGAGGGAGUGAAGUACAAGAAGAGCAAGUCCACUAGAACUUUGUUGAGGCGGUGGAGUUUCAAGGGCUUGCUUCGGAGGAGCAGCAACGAGCGUGGAGCUUCGAGAAGCACCAAGAAUACGGAAGAAGGGAAGGAAGGCUCUUUCGUAUUCUCGAGAUGCUUCUCAUUAUCGUCAAGAUCCUCCUCCAAAGUCUCCACCACCUUGGAGGAGGGAGAGAAACUUGGAUCGGAUGGCUGUAUAUUACACCUGUGUCCAUGUCUCUCAUCAUCACAUGCUGAUUCUAUACAGCGUCCAAAGGAAGCUGAUCAAGAAAAAUAAGUGGUGAAGGAAAAGGAACCUAGCUUCAAGGGCUCUACUGGUUCUGAUGGAUCCAAGAACAACAAAUAUGCAGACCUUGGCAAGGUUGAUGGCGUUAGUAAACGACACAAGUUAUAGAACAAUGCUCAUGAGAUGUACUUGAACAAGAAUAGUAAGAGCUGGAAGGCUUCUACACCCUACAGGCAAGACAUAAUUGGGUUCUUUGCCGUGGUUAGGCUGUUGGCGAUGUUCAGGUUGACAUAAGUUAGAAACUCAACCAAAUUCGAGUGAUAUUAUUGGCCCGGACCACCACAUGAUCAUGCCAAUGGUAGCCCGGGACCAUAGUAUAAUCAUUACUUGGCUUGAUUGUCAUGUUUAGUCUCAUACAAGUUAUUUUACAAGAAGGCAGCCCAAAAUUAAUUUCCACGCAACAAAUAAUUUUUGUAAAUGUUUUAGGUUGAGAGUUUUAUGAGACUCAUUGUGUUGCAACGCCAUGAUCUGAGUUUUGAGAUUUUUAGGGAAGUUAAAAUUUGUGUCUUUGAUUUUCCGUUGGGUACAUGUACAUUGAUGUUACAAAUGGCAAGAACAUGGAUCUUUAAUGGUUCAUGUUUCGAAUAUAUUAGCAUCCCAUUCAGAAUGGUUUGAGCU